CCCCCCCCCUCCCCCUUGUCUCAGGGCCGCCCCCCUGCGCUGGUUAUGGUGACACCUGCUCGGGUGUUGUCCUUCCUCGGUCCGAUCCGUUGCCUUUCCCGGCUCCCGGCCGGUGCUCGCCCAUCAACUGCUGCCCUGGUGCCGAUUGCUCCCAUGUCCACCAAGCCCGGUAGCAGCCCUCCCGACGCCUCGGGCCUGAGCACGAUCCCCCACUCGGACUCGGACCUUGUCAGUGAUUUCGACCUGUCCGACGAGGGGGACUCUCGCGUCGAGGCGGAUGUCGCCGGGCCGUCCACUGGCGACCUGCCGCCGACCCCCAUCACCCGGGCCCCCCUGUCGGAGAGUGUGCGCGCGGCGCACGCGGCCGCUUGCCGGGCGGGCGAGGCGUGGUACGAGUGCCCGGACACGGGGUACUUCUCGCAGACGCGCGUCGGCCACCUGAAGCGCGGGUUCUGCUGCGGCUGCGCCUGCCGCCACUGCCCGUUUGGCCAUGUGGCCGUCGGCGCCGACAAGGCCUCGCUCAAGAUCGAUGGCAAGCGCCCGCCCGAUGCCCCCUUCGCCCCGGACAUCAGCGACAUGUUUUAGAUAAUACACACACACACACACACGCA